AUUUGACGACGUCGGAAGUGCUAGACGCUACUGUAGCCACUUUCUCCACGUCUUGUCAUUAUUCAUUAGGGAGGUUAGCUAUCUGUCAACUUGACAAUGGCACAUAACCUGUACCAGUAAACGUGAAACUCAAAAUGGGUAUUCGGGGCUUGACAACAUUUAUAGCCAACAGAUCGAGUCAGUACCUCGAGAGUUACGAACUGCACGAUACUUAUUUGGUGGUCGAUGGUAACAGCAUUGCUUGCCAGUUAUACAAAUGGCACUGCAAAUGCAACGACUGUUUUGGGGGCGAUUACGACAAAUACGCGGCCGUUAUCAAGAAUUUCUUUCAAUUGUUGUCCGACUGUAACAUCACCCCUCUAGUUGUGUUCGAUGGAGCGUACGAAAAACGCAAAUUAAAGACAGUAUACAGCAGAAUGAGGAACAAAAUCAGUGCCUCUAAAGACCUGAACAGUGUGACCGAGGGCCGUAUUUCGGUGUUUCCCCUAUUUUUGCGCGAACUUUUCGUCGACAUCGUCACCACUUUGAACAUAAAGUGCCUGAGAUGUGACUUUGAGGGUGACAGCGAGUCAGCUGAGCUCGCGCGGACUUUGGGGUGCCCUAUUGUUAGUUUCGACUCGGAUUUUUUUAUUUUCGACGUGUUGUACAUCCCGUUCUCCACCAUGCAGUUACGGUUACGAAAGCGCAAAAAUGUGAACUACUUAGUGUGUGAGGUGUACAGAAUCGAAAAAUUUUUAAAUUCGUUUGGAGGCUUGGAUAAAAUUAAUUUGCCGCUACUUGCCGCCUUGUUGGGGAACGAUUACAUAAAGAAAAGUGCCUUUUCGGUGUUUUAUCGUCAGUUGAAAAUGCACAAAACGAAACAGAAUGAGCAGCAAACUCAGAUUAAAUCGGUAAUUGUUUGGCUCAAAAACGAAACGCCGGAAUCAGCCCUUCGGAAAAUUUUGGGGCGAUAUAAAAUGAAUCACCGGAGGACUUUGGCACGUAGAAUUGAGAAGGCAAUUGGGGCGUAUCAAAGCGGCGAAAGCCACAUUUGUUCGUACUUCAAUAUUGAAAAAGUUGGUGAUAAACGUGGGAAAAUAAUUGUGCCCAAGCCUGAAGAUGUUGAAGAUUUGGGGCAAGGAGAGCUUGAAGAAGGAGAAAUUGAGGAUGAAAUGUCCAGUUCGGAAGAACUAACGCCCGACGAGCCAGAAAUUGAAGAAUCAAUCCCUGUGUUAAAAUCAAUUAUUCCCAACUUUUUUCGCGAAAAUUACAAAAAGUGUCAAUAUCCGCCCUCGUUCAUGGACAUGAUCAUGUCCAGCACGUACUACUUCAUCCCUCUAAUCGAGGAUUAUUCCCUCGAACCUUGCCAUAAAAUCAGCUGGGAAAUAGUUGCGGCAAUUUACAAAAUUCUAACAUCCCCAAAAACACGACCUUUAUUUUGCGUAAUGCGCAACGAGUUUUCAAACAUUAAAAGAUCCCCCGUCCCAGCGUACGACCGCGAAGUGCCAAAACUACAAGAACUUGAACAUAUGACCCAACAAAACGCCCAGCAAGUGUUACUACAAAUUUUAAAAAUCGACAAAUCGUUCGAACGUUUCCCCAAGUCUUGGCAACUUUUCCUGAUCGCUAUUAAUUACUGGGUGACGAACACGCAAAAAAUCGACCUGCCCCACGUCUACUCGCUCAUUCUUUGCGCAAUCAUGUUAAACCACGUCGACACCAAAGUCGGUUUCUAUAGAUCCACGAAAUCAUUUUUGUCCAAAUAUAACUCGCAUAACGAACCCGCAAAACCCUCAACUUCCACGAAAAACAUACCAGAGGCCUUGAGCGCAAUCGAUUUGAGUAACAGUGUCUCGUGUGCGAAAACCUUGAUUGAUUACUUCCAAAUGGACGCGAAAAUGCGCUGUUACGUUAAAUUAUUUGACAGGGGCAUUGUCCACGAUUUUGCACAACUGCAGAGCUGUCUGCUGCAUAUCAAGUACUUGAACUCGCUGUUGAACUUUCCGUUUCCGAAUUUCACAAUUUCGGAGUUUUACGACGGGACGUUUCUCUACAACAUGACAGCGAAUCUGCGGAAAAGAACGGACUUGAAAGGGUAUAUGGGAAUUCUGCUGGGGAAGUGCCCCCAAAUUUUGGAUGCGUUCGAACUGAUGGCUGAGGAAAUUGAAAAUCGGGUUGUCUUCAACGCGGGGAGGCAUGAGCCCCCAAGGAAGAGGAAGAAGAAGAAGAAAGCCAUUAGUCAUCUGCCCGAAACUGAGCUUUUCAGCGAUGUCUCGGAUGAGGAAUACGUUUUCGAUUCAAAUAACAAGUUCUCUUUGUUAUCUUUUGUAAAUAAAUAAAGUUUGGUUGAUUUUUUAUCCUUUAA